AUGGCUCGACCUAUCCUAUUCGCCGUGCUUGCGAGAUAUCCGACACCAGAAGAUUUGUCUUCCGCAGACCUGGAAGAACUGACUACGAUGCUUCAGCCGAUCGGACUUCACAACAUUCGGGCAAUGCGCCUAAUCGCGAUGGCGAAAGCAUGGCUCGCCGCGCCACCAUCUCGAGAGCGUAGAUACAGGAAACUACAUUAUCCGACAAAGGGAUGUGGUACUGAUAUCAGACCUAAUGAAGUUCUCGGCCCUGAAGACGAGCGUGUCGGCUGGGAGAUUGCCCAUUUGCCGGGCAUGGGUGCAUAUGCUCUCGACAGCUACCGCAUUUUUUUCCGUGAUACACUAAGAUGUGUCACCCUCUCCAAAGCUGUCGAGCCGGAGUGGAAGAGACCGGGGAGGGUUCGUCGCAGUACUGUCUUCCUCACCACGCAGAACGCGCUCGCAACGCAGCACUCCUGGCAGUGUUUGGCGCCUCCUCGCCAACAACACGAUCCUAAUACUACGUCACAACCACACUUGUCUGUCAUGUGA